AUGGAGUUGAACAAUGAGAUCAGCAAUGAACAAGAAGAACUCAAGGCAUUUCGUAAGACUCUACUAUCGUUUUGGCAAUACGAAGAGUUUGCAAUAAGAGAACAUUAUCAACCAAGGUACGACAAAUGGAUGAGUUUAUCUGAUCACCAGAAAGCGUUGCUGCCAAACGAUUAUCUUUACAAUCUAGACCAAAUCAAGUCAAAAAUACAUAGUAAUGCUGAAUUUUAUAAAGAUGCGGUGCUAUCUACUGCAGAGACACUUGGGUUUGAUCUCAACUAUCUCAAUGAUUGGGAGAUGCCAUCUACUUCUGAUAUGAAUAAGACGUGUUCAAUUUUAGUACAAGUAUACCGAGAGUUCUCAGCAGCUUGUCAAGAGGAAAGAAACAUCCUUUUAUCAAGAAUCCAAGCGUUGCUUAACGAUAUAGGUCAAACGGACGAUAAACUCACAAUACUAGUUCCAGGUGUUGGUAUCGGAAGAUUAAUAGUAGAUCUAUGUAUUCUGGCCGGCAGCACUGCAACAGUGAUCAGCAAUGAAUAUUCACUGCACAUGCUAACAUUGUCAAUGUUCUUAUUGAAUGGAAAUCUAGAUGUAAACCAAUAUACGAUAUAUCCAUUUAUACACAGUUUUUCUCAUUGGGAUAUGAAAAGUAACCAAUUAAAAGGAUACUCAAUACCAGACAUUGAUAUAAGUUCACAGAACCAAAGCAGAGGAGGAUUGAAUAUGGAGAUGAGAAUGGGAUCAUUUGCAGACUGUUUUGGUCCAAACGUGGGGAUACAAGAGUCGUCGCAAUACACCGUGACUCCAGAUAUGAGAUUGAAAAGAGCCGAAGUCGAAAGUUCGAUUGACAUUGUCAUCACUAACUUCUUCAUUGACACAGGGUUCAAUAUCUUAGAUUACAUGGAGACAAUCACGCAUGCACUGAAACCAGGUGGACACUGGGUUAAUUUUGGACCAUUGCUAUACCAUUUUGAAAACGAUGCAAACCAAGAGACAGUAUAUGAGACCAAUCCAUACACGAAUAACCGAGAGAUCGCAAAACCUAACACACCAUUGAAAGGUCUAGAACUCGCAACUAUGGAAAUACUCGACAUAGCAACGACAAAGCUAAAUUACAAGAUAAAAUUACUCGAGCAAGGCAUACCCAGUGGCUAUGGCAAAUCAGAGUCCCUAAUCCACAUACCAGGAUACCUUUGUAACUACUGGGUCAUACAAUUGCAGGAAUAG